CGUACACAAACGCUCAGCUGAUGACGUGUACACUCUACUACCGUUAGCUGGCUAGCUAGCUAGCCCAGCCACCUGUCAGAAUAAUAACGGUGUUAUAUGAAAAUAAAGCAAAGUUACACGCAUAGGGAGACACGGAGGAAACUCCAACAAAUCGUGAAAGAUGGAGGCACUUUACCAUCAGACAAACAAACAAAUCCAGGAGGUGCAAUCUUAUAUGGGAAAUCUGGAGAGGACGGAUCGUCAGUCAGUCCACUUGUUAGAGAAUGAGCUACAGGCUAGAAUUGACCAGAUCUUCAAUCAUCUAGAACGCCUGGAGAUCCUGGCCAGCAAGGAGCCACCAAACCGUCGCCAGAACGCCAAAUUGCGGGUGGACCAGCUGAAGUAUGAUGUCCAGCACCUUCGCACCGCCCUGCAAAACUUCCAGCAACGUCGCUACGCCAGAGAGGCCCAGGAACGAGACCGGGAGGAGCUCAUGAGCCGCACCUUCACCACCAAUGACGCAGAUACCUCCAUCCCCAUAGACGAGACCCUACAGUUAAACUCCAACUUGCACAACGCACACAGAGGCAUGGACGACCUCCUGGGCAGCGGCAGUAACAUCCUCAACGGUAUUCGAGACCAGAGAUCCACACUGAAGGGGACCCAUAAGAAAAUGCUGGAUGUAGCCAACAUGCUGGGCCUGUCCAACACAGUGAUGAGGAUCAUAGAAAGGCGAGCCACCCAGGAUAAGUUCAUCAUGAUUGGAGGCAUGCUGCUGACCUGCAUCUUCAUGUUCCUGGUGAUCAGAUACCUGGGCUGACCCCCGUCCAAUCACAGCGGGCGUUUUUUGACAUUUCUGCAGGACAUCAUCCCUCAUGAUAUGAAAGAACUGAAUUUUUAAUAGAUUUGACUAAACCUCUUUCAAUAAAUUGUGCCAUUAUAGUUUUUUUCCACCAUUUAAAUUAUUAUUGGCAGAAAAACCCUUGAUUUACAUUCAGUAUUUUAUUCCACUUGAAGCUCCAAAAGAGCAUUGAACUCUAUAAUAGAUCUUAUCCAAAUUUAAUAUUCUAUUGUUUUUAUCCAAACCACUCUGAAGCUGUAAAUCACUUUGUGAAAGGACUCAAAUGGCUUUUUCAAAAACAACUCACACUGAUCUUUAUACUCAACUUGCUCUCGUCUCCAGUGAAAAGCGCUUUGUUUUGUUGCUCUCUGUAAUGUUGUUAUUCUGCCUUCAUAGAAAUGCAUACAAUUCUCCAUGUUUCAUUAUAAAGCAUCUCAAUAAUAAUCCCUAAAGAUUUAUUAUUUGUUAUACAUAACAAUACUGUGUUUCAGAGACAAUGUAAGCAGCAGUUCAUUUGUUAUUGUUUCUAUAAUUUCUCUAGGAUGUAACCUUGGGUCUAGUCUCACUAUGUGAGCGAUUUAAUUCUCUUAAUAAAACAAAACCUGUCAUUACA